AUGCGGAGGAUGGAGGAGACGGUCAGAGUGAGGCUGAGAAGAGUGAGGCUAAGAAAAGUCAUUCGGGAUCGCAGCAAUCCAUUUGAAGACCUUGCUGAGGAAGAAUUCCUCCAACGAUUCAGACUGACCAAGGAGUGUGUGCUGAAUCUGUUGCAAAACAUCAGAGGACACCUUCCCAUUGCUGCAGAUGCAAGAGGUUGCCCAAUACCACAGCAUCUGCAACUCCUUAUAACACUGAGAUGUAUGGCCACUGGUGGACACCAACUUACAAUCAGUGACUGCUACCAAGUCUCUCAGACAAGUAUUAGCAGGUGUAUCUGGACAGUGACGCCCAUUAUUGCUCAGAUGGCAAAGGACUAUGUGAAGAUGCCAACAGGUAUGAAUGCAAUAAGAGUAAUGGAAGGGUUUUUGGAGAUUGCCAGAAUGCCAGGAAUUGUUGGUGCUAUCGACUGCACAAUCCACAUUCACUUUCUGCGACCAGCUUGUGAGAAUCCAGAACUGUACCACAAUAGAAAAGGUAUCUUCUCCCUUAACUGUCAAGCUGUAUGUGGACCAGAUUUAACUUUUUUUAAUAUUGUUGCGAGAUGGUGGGGUAGUGCCCAUGACAGCAACAUUUUUAACAACAGUUUGUUACGGCAUGAAUUUGAGCAAGGCAUGCACAAGGGUAAGUUGUUAGGGGACAUGGGUUACCCUUGCCGUAGUUAUCUGUUUACUCCACUAAUGAAUCCCAGCAACCAAAGUGAAACAGCGUAUAAUGAGGCACACAUUAAAACAAGAAAUAAAAUAGAAUGUGCAUUUGGUGUCUUAAAAAGACGCUUUAGUUGCUUGGGCAAGCGUCUUUACACGGCUUUAGACACCACAAAAAAACAUUAUUGUAGCAGCAGUUGUGCUACAUAUUUUUGCAAUUCAGAGUAAUGUGCCUCUCCCAAAUCAUCAUCUUGAAUCAGACGAUGCAGAUUUGGAUGAUUCAAAUGCAGAUGAUCAUGGUGUUGACCCAGAAGCAGCCAUUGCUAACAAUAAUGCAGCACAACAAGCUGAAAGGGCUAGAUAUAUCAGAACAUACUUCUGAUAACACAGGAUGGUUUGAUUCUGCCACUCAAAUAUGGUAUCUCCUCCAUACUCUUGUAUUAACCUCUUUCAUUACUCCAUCCAUGUAUCUGGUAAACACCCAAGCGGACAGACAUCCUAUCUCACACAUGCCACUCUACCAAAUAUUACACCAGGUAUU